CUAAUUUUCAUAAAACUAUAGAAAACAUUUUCACACAAUAAAUGUUGAAAUGGUUUAUGUUUAUUUAGCUUUUUCUUCUAAAAUUAUCAUAGUUUUAAACAUAUAAUAAUUAGGAUUUUUAUAAUGGAUUUUCAGAGUUUAAUAUUGAAAGUCUGGGUCUAAAACAUUCAAAUCUAUAUAUAAAAGGCAUUUGAAAAGUACCAAAAAUAAAUCAUGAUGGCCUGGUUAAAAGUUCCAAUUCAGUUUUAAAAAAAUCCACAUAUAUAAAAAGAAAAAAGUUCAAAUAAGUUCAUUCUGAUGAAAGUCAACACCUAGGACAUGAAAUGGCCGGGACUUGAAGAAACACCCCUAUAUCUUCUCCUCUUUUCCUCUGUGGUAUGGGCAUGUUAUGAGAUUUUUGUAAAACCAACAGUGCAGCUGAUGUUCGUCUGCCCACUAUUGUUUUGCUGGUUUUCUUUCAGGCAACAUUAAACCCUUUAUAUAGACAGUAAAAAGGUCCAUUUGAAUUUGACUUCAGCAUGGAGAGAGUUCUCCCUGCCCCCUGGCCUCGACUUCUCCAGAGAAAUAGAAGGUGACUGAUCAAGCCCCGGAGGGUUCAGCCCUUUUAUGGGCUUUAAGGCUCUUAAAGUGGAUCUCAGCAGUGAUGGCCUUGGCCCAGACAAACUGUCUUCUCUCAUAUCUAAUUUGCUCGCAGCUCCUAAUUCCAGCUGUUUGUUUAUAGGUGAACUUCAUUGUUUUGGUGCAGGUCCUUCCUGGUCGUCUUAUUUGGCUGGUUUCAGUGUAAGCAGCUGUGGACCAGAUUGGGGUGGGUUUUUGAGUGGGUUCUGGGCAGCCCUUGGGGCUAGAACAAUCUUCUGCCAGGAAAUAGUACGCUGUGACUGAUGUGGUCAGCUCUUUGUCACCAGCUCAUUUCAGGUGUGUGAGAGUGUCUUUCUAUGUGUGUGUCAUGGGUGUUUUGUUGUAUGUGUGCUGAGGGAUAGGUGAAAAUCCUUUGCUUUUCAUUUUUACUUCUUUAUUUUCACAUUACAACUGAAGAGUGUCAUUUCUGCACCACUAGAAUCUCCAAAUGGAAUUAUAAUGCAAAAUUAAUGAUUGUUUCAAACAGGUCUUUCCGAACACCCCCCUUGUCUUCCAACAAGUAGUCCUCUCUCAAACUCAAGCUAUUGGUUGUUGCAGUGUCAGUUUGAUUGUGACACUUAAACAGCAUAUGAGUUGGCUCACUACUUCCAUUAAGAAAAAUAAACAAACCAACAAACAAUGUUAUCAUGAUUUUUCCCAAGUUUAACCUGAACCCAAACCUAAACCUAACCAUUAAGUGUAACCUCUUACCCAAAUAAUAAACUUAACCAUAAUUUUAAUAGGAAAAACACUCUUGUGUACCAUGGAAGAAAGAAAACUUUGGGGUGUUGAAUGAGACGAUGGAAGCAUAAUACAGGUUAUACAUACAUAUAUAUAUAUAUUGACAUACACUUAGCACUUUAUUAGAAGUACUAUAAUCCUAAUAAAGUGCCCGAUGUGGUCUUCUGCUGUUGUAGCCCAACCACCUCAACGUUUGUCGUGUUGUGCAUUCUGAGAUGCUAUUCUGCUCGUUCCAAUUGUACAGAAUGGUUAUCUGAGUUACCGUAGCCUUUCUGUCAGCUUUAAAUUUUCAACAGAAAUACCCAAACCAGCCCAUCUGGCACCAACAAUCAUGCCACGGUAGAAAUCACAGAGAUCACAUUUUCCCCCAUUCUGAUGGUUGACCUUAACUGAAGCUCUUGACCCAUAUAUGCAUGAUUUUAUGCAGUGCACUGCUGCCACAUGAUUGGCAGAUUAGAUAAUUGUAUGGAUAGGUAGGUAUACAGGUGUUCCUAAUAAAGUGCUCAGUGAGUGUACAUCAGUUAUUUGUAUUUCAAAAAUAAAUAUGGAAUGACUAACCAGAUUUGUUUACACUUUUCUCAUUAUUCAAUUUCUUUAGCCAACAUUUUUGUAUUCUUGUAUAUUGAGAUGAUUCUUAGAUUUUUAAGCUGGUUAAACAUGCAAAGUUAAGUAAGGCUCUUCCUCUGCAGUGAUGUUUGUAUGAGUCUGUAGAAGCGCUGUUUGGGUUGAAAAAUUCACCAGAGAUUGCAGGUGGGGCAGAAAGGGCCAUGAAGGGGGGUAAGAAGAAGGAAAAGAGACGUCAGUCUGCUCUUAGUAAACAGCACUACUCAUUGAGUCACCGUCACAGGACGUCCUUCCUUCACAGGAAUAGAGUAAGCAAGGGGAAGACACAUCAACAUGUUCACUUUCCUCUUCAAACAAGACCUCACCUCUGGGGCUUUGUGUCAAAAUAGCACGGUCUUGCAUAUCUCAAUGAUCCAAGGACUGUUUUUGGUUGCUUUAUUCUUUGUGUUAGGGCUUUGUGUUCUAAACAACUUCCAACCAUCCUGGAAAUUGCACUCUUUCUCAUCUGGAAAUCUGCCCUUUCCAGAACACUGUGGACAGUCUGGGAGGUCCGGUCACUGAUAGUUUACUGUUUCUGUUAGUUUACUGUUAUUGUUAGUCUUAUGUAAAAGGUUAUAGUAGUAAAAUGUAGCACACAAAUUACAUGUGGGUUUCUGUGAUAAGAAUUAAAAAUAACUCUGGAAAGGGAAAACCGAGUAUAUUUUUUUAACAAUGAUUUUGUGGAAGUAGAUAAUUUUAAUCAAUAAAAGCUAAAAAAAUGCAUAAAAAUGCACACACAAAAAAGUGUACAACAGAGAUAGUUUCAAAUUCUGCUGUAUUUGAAUUCUAAUAUUGUGUCUCAGAAUGUGUGUGUGCUUGUGUGUGUGACAGAGCAACACUGAAAGAGGUAGCAGUGGAGUAAUUGUUAGGUCAUUGUCUUGUGAGGGCGGAGUUAGUGACACAAAAGUGGGAGGGGCAGUGGGGCCAAACUGCCUUCAACAAGUCAGGCAAACAUGCUCAGGCAGUCACUCAGUCUCAGGCACUCGCAGGAGAAUCACUUACCAUAUGGACUAGCAGUGGGGCAGGAGAACUGUGAACUGCACCUGUCCCAUACACACACACACACAAACUCAGGGGAGAGAACACACACAGCUUCUAUGUGUGGCUGGGACCAGAAACUCCUGGCUGCCUCUGAUCACAGCUCGGCCAUGUUGACUACUGAGGGAGCAACCUACACCACUGACAAUGAGGAGCUCAAGAUGGACAUAGAAGAUGUAGACAUGACAAAAUGGACGGAGGCCGAAUUCGAGGAGAAAUGCAUGUACAUUGUGAAGGACUACACCUGGGAGGGUCCCCCAGAGAGCGUGUCUCUCACCCGGGCUGAGGCGUCUUUACCCACAAACCUGGCAUUUAAACACCCGCCAGACUCCAAAGAGGUUAUUGGUGUAGUAAGCAGAGAAUACAUCCCCAAAGGCACUCGCUUUGGCCCCCUAGUGGGAGAAAGUUACACUGCUGAAGACGUCCCCAAAGAUGCUAACAGAAAGUACUUCUGGCGGAUAUACUCAAAUAGAGAGUUCCAUCAUUUUGUGGAUGGUCUGGAUGAAGAGAAGAGCAACUGGAUGCGUUAUGUUAAUCCAGCUCACUCCCAGCAGGAACAGAACCUUGCUGCCUGCCAAAAUGGCAUGAACAUCUAUUUCUACACAGUGAAGGCCAUUCCUGCAAAUCAGGAGCUGCUGGUGUGGUACUGCCCUGAAUUUGCCCACCGUCUCAACUACCCUGCCUCAGGAGAGAUUAUGAUUCAGAAACUCAAGAAGAGCCUGAUUGAAGCCAAGCAUCAAGCAACUGAAGUUAAGAACUCAGUUAAAAGAGAACACAGUGUUUCUGAGAUUUUGAAGGACGUCCUACAAGAACCCAGCAGACCAAUUCCCACACGUCCCUGCUGCCCCAACAGCCCAGACCGACCUCUUUACCCCAGUGCUCUCUACCCACUUCGUCUCCCUCUCAAUGAGGACUUCUUGAAGAGUAGCACAGCAUUCAGCCUCCCUACCCGCUCUCACAGACAGUGUUCGGCAACUCCCAGCCCCUCAGGGCACAGCAGUCCUGUGAGCAGUCCAGAAAGCAGUCCUACACCAGUAUCCCUUGAGCAAAGAGACACCCUGAUCUCUUUCUCUCCAGCACUCUACAGUCGUGGCCUGGGUCACUACCCUGGCUACUCACCAGCAGGCUCGAUGUCAUUCUACUCCAACCCACACUACUCACGCUACCUCAUGCCCCACUACCCUGUUAGUAGUUUAGCUGGGCCACCUUCCUUGGGGGGUAUAUUCCCACACAUGUACCCCUUUUACAGCAGCUUAGUACCCCCACAUGUACCCUUCCCCCCUGGCAUGCUUCCAUCUGAGGGUAGCCGGCAAUUUCUGCUACCUGACUCUCCAGCUCCCAGGGACAUCCUGCUCCCAGCGGCCACCAGUGCAUUUUCUGUGGCCACUUCUCUGAAAGACAAACAACUUCAUGAACAUGGGCACCCCUACGCUUCUGCUGGUGGCUCCCCAACAGCUGGUUCUGCAGCCUCAACAGGUUGUCUUCCUACUAAGCCUACCUCAGCUCUUUUUGGUAUCACUCGCUCAGAGGAAGAGGCCAUCAACCUCAGCAAGAUGAAAAGGGGCUCCACAGGCUACAAAAGCUUAGAUUACCCAUUGAAAAAGCAGAAUGGGAAGAUCAAAUAUGAGUGCAAUGUCUGCAGCAAGACCUUUGGUCAACUGUCCAAUCUCAAGGUGCACCUGCGUGUCCAUAGUGGAGAGCGGCCCUUUAAGUGUCAGACCUGCAAUAAAGGUUUCACCCAGCUUGCACACCUGCAGAAACACUAUUUGGUCCACACAGGAGAGAAACCCCACGAAUGCCAGGUGUGUCAUAAGCGCUUCAGUAGCACCAGCAACUUGAAAACCCAUUUGCGACUCCACUCCGGUGAAAAGCCCUAUCAGUGCAAGAUCUGCCCAGCCAAGUUUACUCAGUUUGUCCAUCUCAAGCUGCACAAACGCCUGCACACGCGAGAACGUCCGCACCAGUGCCCGCAUUGUCACCGCAACUACAUCCACCUCAGCAGCCUGCAGCUCCACGUCAAAGGCUACUGCCUAGCGGCCUCACCUUCUCCCAGCUGCAGCUUGGACGAACUCAACCGCGUCAACGAGGAGAUAGAGCGCUUCGACAUCAGCGAUAAUGCCGACAGGCUAGAAGAAAUGGAGGGAUUUGACGUGGAUAGCAUCGUGGAGAAGCAGAUAAUUGGGCUACUUUGGCAGGAGAUGGAUUUUAAGGCUUCUUACCACAAAGGUAGCACUGGAAGAGACCUCCACCCCCCACCACCUCCAUUGUCUGUGUACCGUCUAAGCGAAUAUGGUAGUGAGGCCUCUGUCAUCAAGGUGCAUUGUAGCAGCCCGCUCCCGCUUCUACCCAUCAAGGUUAAAAAGGAGACAGAAGAGGCUAUGGAAACCUAACCAACUACAGCUUACAGUUUACCUGACUAGUUUUCUAAGCCAGAUUGUGGACAGCCACAAGUGUAUAUAAUUCUUCUCAAAGGAAUCAGGCUUUGGCCUUUAUGUUCAGGGACUUGAAGUACUCAGGGCUAACAGACAUUGAUCCCAUUUAUCAGUGGUCCAGUAUGUCCUACACAAAUGAUAAAGACAAUCAUAUUCUUUUAUUAAUAUUGUUGUUUUUCUUAAUAUUAUUUACUCUUCUUUGUGUUCACUUCAGUUUGUUACGUAAUCUAUUUAAUUUAUUGUUCACACACCAUCCUUCUAAAGCAAUAUAUGAAAAUAAUGUUUACAAUGACUGGUUGAUUCAUUGUCAUUUUUAUAUAUUUUUCCUACUAUACUGCCAUUCUUUUGUGGAUAGUUUCUAACUGUAGAUAGUGUCCCAGUUGACUGUGAUUUCAUGUGUCACUGCAAAGAGUUUACCACAUUCAAGUUUAUUUUUAAUGUGGGCUGAGCUCAGAGGUAGACAUUUUGUUGAAAACUUUUUUAUUUACUCCUAAAUGGGGGAAGAGAAGUCAGAGGUUACAUAUCUAUGUGUACAUGUUUUACGUAACAUUUAUUCUCUUUGAGCUCUACACAAAAUAAAAUGAAUACAAAAGGGCAUAUUAUAUAUUACCAACAACUGUUACCUCAGUGUGUGUGUGUGUGUGUGUGUGUGGGCGGGGUUGGGUGGUUUACGAGGAAAUUUUUUAGGUUCCAAACUGGUAAUUACAAGGGUAUUAUGCUAUAAAUGUGGUGUAUGAGGACAUUUCUAGUGUCCCUAUAAUUCAAAUCGCUUAAAAAAACAUACUAAACGAUGUUUUAUUGAAAAUGUAAAAAUGCAAAACAUUUUUUGUGUGGGUUAGGUUUAGGGUUAGGGGAUAGAAUCUAUAGUUCAUACAGUAUAAAAAUCAUUAUGUCUAUGGAGAGUCCUCAUGAGGAUAGUCGCACCAACGUGUGUGUGUGUGUGUGUGUGUGUGUGUGUGUGUGUGUGAGUCUGUGUGUGGUAUGUGUGUGUGUGUGUGUGUAUAGGUUUGGGUGGUUUACGAGGACAUUUUUUAGGUUACAAACUGGUAAUUACAAGGGUAUUAUGCUAUAAAUGUGGUUUAUGAGGACAUUUCUAGUGUCCCCAUAAUUCAAAUCACUUAAAAAACAUACUAAACGAUGUUUUAUUGAAAAUGUAAAAAUGCAGAAAGUUUUUUGUGAGGGUUAGGUUUAGGGGUAGGGUUAGGGUUAGGGGAUAGAAUCUAUAGUUCAUGCAGAAAAAAUAAUUAUGUCUAUGGAGAGUCCUCAUAAGGAUAGCUGCACCAACAUUUGUGUGUGUGUGUGUGUGUGUGUGUGUGGUGUCAGAGGCAUAUGUGAUAUUUGUUUUGCUACUUGAAAAGGAAACCAAAUGUCCCAAUGUGCAGGUCUACAUGUGGUCCAAAGAAUGGCAGUUAAAAGUCUGGCUGUCACACACUGGCUGUGCGAUUGACACUGACACUGCAUUGUCUUACUUAUACGUGGCACGUUACUGAUACCAAAAUGAUAAAGAAAUGAGAGUGUGAAGCUGGUUACCAAAGUGAUUUCUCUUGUAUGUUUUCAGACUUUUUGAAUUACACAGAGAGAUGUGUGCAGAUGCAGUGUACAUCUGCUCUGCAGGCCUGCAUUGAUGUUUGUGGAUACUCAUCACCCUGGCCUGUGUAUGCACUGUUUUAUUUGUUCUGUUUGUACUUUUUUUUUGUUGUUG